AUGGAAAAUAAAUUAGGACAAUCAAUUCGAAAAACAAAUGAUUUGUUACAAAAAAACCAUGUCAAUUCUUCUUACAGCAGUGUUCGAAGAACAUUAAAAGAAGAUAUUAAAUUAAAACCCUGGAAACUAACUCGUUCACAAAAACUUAGCCCAAUACAACGGGAAGCACGUGUAAUUAGUGCAAAAAAGUUAUUAAAGAAAUUCGGGUUGAAUCCAACAAGAUCAAAUUCCAAGUGGAAACGCUUGGUGAAUACCGACUUUAGUGGUCGUGUCAGUUUAUUGCAGAAGCACAACAGUAAAAACAACAUCAUUUGGUCUACAAGUAAAACAACGAUUCCACUCGCAUUACAAAGUGUUCAUCAAGAAAAAUGCAGUCCAGGUGUCUUAUUGUAUGGUGCAAUUUCAUCUCGUGGUUUAAUUCCACCAACUGCAUCAGUUUUUAUUGAUGACUGGUUGAAAAUAGAAUGUCAAAAAAUUAAUAAAAAGAAACCUACCAUGGAUAGAUUUUUAUAUGUUAAAUUAGUAAAACAGCUGAAAAUUCAUAUCGAUCAAUUAUACGGUGAUGUCAAUGUGAUAUGGCAAGAUGAUGGAGAUUCUAAUCAUCGAUCUCAUUAUGCUUUGGCAAAAAUAAAUGAAAUUUCUGAUAAUCGUAUCAAUCCCGAAGAACAAUCGGAUAAAAUGGCUGAUGAAUGUUUGGUUUUAGAAAAACAACAAUCACACGAGUCUUCAGUGCAAUUAUGUCAACAAGUCGAAUGGAUCUAUAUUUUAAUUAAUACAACAAAUAAUAAUGAUAGUCCAGUUAAAAUUGAAAUGGAUAUUACGACACAUUCUGGCGAACAUUCAUCUGACUCUUCAUCGCCGUCGAUUAAUCUAUGUGAACGACGUGAGACAGAGCAAGCAAAACGAAUGUAA